AUGAGUGGUGCAGGACAGCAUAACGGUGCUGUGGAGACAAGUGAAACAGCGACGGGACUUUUAACAGGAAGUGAGCUCAACUCAAACAUGGAUGCUGUGUCUGGUACUGGAUCGGACGUCCUGUGCAGGACCACGAAAACUAGCAACAAUGCAAAUUCAUUUCGCAUUGAGGCACUGCUUGCCAGCAAAGAGCAGGAUGCAACUACAGGCCAACAAACAUCACCAACCCUGGCGAAGGACAACCACUCGCACGGUGAUCUGAUGGGUGAUGGACUUAACGGAAGUGAUGACCGAAAUUCGAGGUCCGAGUCCACCUUCUCUUCCGACUCGUGCUCGUCCAUCAACCCCGGCAGCGUGGAACCGCAGGAUAUGGACGACUGCGGGAUGAGCCAAAUGGCGAAGUCCGCCUCCCCGAGCCAACAUGACUAUCUGCCGUUCUACAACCUCUGCCCGUCGCAGGUUAUCUUCACGUCGAAUGCGGCCUCCUUCGACACACACCCGGCCGUAUGUAACAAAAGUAUACCGGUCGACGCGGGGAAUCGGUUCCAUUUUAUGCAGCUACCUCAGCUCGAGCUUCUAAGGCACCACAACAUCUACUAUCCCCGAAUCACGGAGCUUACAGGUCAGAACUCGGUAUACGGAAAAGCGCGACGACCGCGAACCGCGUUCACUUCGCAGCAGCUACUGGAGCUGGAAAAGCAGUUUAAAGUCAGCAAAUAUUUAUCGAGACCAAAGCGGUACGAAGUGGCCAACAAUUUGCUCCUAUCUGAAACACAGGUAAAAAUUUGGUUUCAAAAUAGACGCAUGAAGUGGAAACGGUCGCGGAAGGUCAACGAGUCAAAAAAGUACAGCAACAGCUCCACCGGCGGCAAUAGUGGCAACGCCAACAAUAACAGUAGCAGUAACAGCAGUAAUAGUAGCAGUAGUAGUAGCAACACCAGUAACCACGGUAACGGAACCAUCGGUUCGAGUAACGCCCAUGCUGGUGCCACUCAGCAGCAUAACGGUUCGAGCUCGACGGGAGCUGCAACCGGAUCCAGCGCAUCGUUCGGAAGCGCAAACAAACCGUCGGAACAUGAUGGACGUCCCUUGAGUCGGCAAAACGAGGCCGGAGUGGUGAGUAAAUUAUCCGGCGUCCUGGAUCAUCCGAAGGAUAAACGUGACAGUAAUGGUGUCGCCGGCAAACAACACACGGCGGCCCUUUUCGUCAAUCAACAAUUUCAAACGGUCGCCGGCAGCGGUCGGGGCGUCGCUGGAAACGCGGACGACAUCGUUGGCGUUGGAUCCGGUUUGUUUGCCUGUGAUCCACCGAAUGGAUUAAGUUUUCGGCCUUACGUUACGUAAACAGCCGGAAAAAUAUCACAACGAACCGAGAAAAACUG